GCGGUUUCCAUCCAUACCAAGUGGGCCCACUCGUCUUUGGGCUGCAUUGCAUAGGCUCUCAUCGUCGCUGAAGUCCUCGAUAUCUGCUGGGGACUCGAUGUAGCCAAAGCUGUCCCAGGAAUCUGGGGAGUCAGGUGGCUCAAAAUCGUUUUCAGCAGCGUGGUUGUCCAUGAGGUCGUUGCAGUUCAAGUGGCCUGUGGCGGGUGGUGUGACGACAAAGGGAAAAAAAUUGAGGUCGAGACCAAUACGGAGGGUCUCGAGACAGGCAGCAAGCUCCUCGGCAUCACCUUCGUUGUCAUCUCGGGACGAGGGGCUGGGUAUGGUACCGGAAGAUGCCAAGGUCUCUGACGUGGACGAGAUGACCGAGCGUGGCGAGCGACGGCCUGGGUCGAAAGUGCAUUGUAGGCGCAGAGGAUGCCCUCGAGUCUCUCCAGCCUUUGGCGAAUGCCCACGAUCAUCACCUUCAUCCAAGUGCUCUGAGCCUCCUUCGAAAGAGUUGACAGCAGGUGGUACUCCUCGUCAUUCUCUUCCAUAGCGCUGGGAGCGAGUCCCGCGCCGCACAAACUUAUGCUGAAUAGGCGCAACAGGGCCUUCGUCAGAAUAGCUCGCAGAGGAAUGUGACAGGCUCUGUGAAUGCAGACCAGUCAUUAUUGACUCGGGGAGGUCCACAAUGUGCACGGAUGACCCACCCAUAUAGG